AUGGCGCCAUACCGACCCCCCCAUAUGCGGAAUCAACCUCCGUUGCCAAAGCUGGUGUGUUCGAAUCGGAACGAGGUCAUCCGUACCCAACCGAGUCAGACCGACACCAUCGCAACCUUGACAGCGAACUUGGCCGAGGAGUUCCAUGUGCCCGAAGAUCUCAUCGGUCUCUCACUUUCAAAAGAUGGCCCAGCCCUCCAGGAUGCCAAAAAAGAAUUGAACACGCUAGGUGAGUGCACCAUACAUGUGACAGUAAAGCAAGCGAGCCACGAGCAGAUGGAGAACUACAUCCGCUCGAAGGGCUCCGACCACUUCUUGGGUGCGGAGUUGAAAUUGACAACAAAUGCGGGCGAAGAACUUAAGGGAGAACUUUACUGCAUACAAGAACAGGAUAACUCGUGCAUUUUGCGGGAGAAGCUCAACAAUGGAUGCACCAACUAUUGGUGGCUGAAGUGGAAUAUCAUCACCAGUAUUAGUAUUGAGAGCAUGCCUGACAAGAAGAGAGCUUCGGACUUCAGGCCUGCAGUCAGCAUUCCGGCCCUCGAGCGUCGGAGCUGA